AUGGGGAGUAUCCUCCACGAACUAAACAUUGAAGUCUUGAUUUUGUCUGCGUACAAACUUUCCAGGCGACAGCCCGGGAGAGGUAACCCCUUUUUGCAUGGCUUUGCCCGCGGGGAGCACCGCCUGUACGACCCUUUUUCGAGGCCGAUCUUUUCGCGUGGAAUACGCUUUGUUUCAUUCGUAAAAAGCGUGUACGGUCCCAUGCUCUUGUCCUUGUGUUCUUUCUGUCCCUCCACGGUCGCCUCAAAAGUCACGGCUCCGCAGGAUUGGCAGUUCCGUUUCAAUUUCGCUUCUUCCCCGGUCUCCUUUCAAAAAUCCUCAUCUUCACGAAGGGUCACUCUGGGCUGCCAGCCUGGGCGACAGGCCGCGAAAGCGGUGUUCCGUAGAGAGAAAUUGGAACAGCUGAUUGUCGCUGUCACCGGUGGGCAACAGGCGAAGGGCGAGGGCAGGUGGUCAUGUGGAAGAAAAGCCGUUUUUCUCGGAGCAUGGGUGGUGUACGUUGUGGGCUGUUCUGUGUGUGUGUUCAAAGGUUUCGUUUUACUUUCUGCUUCCGCCUUCCUCGUGAUUGUCGAAUGGGCAUGGUACGUGAACGGGGAUUGCCAACGUCUGUGUCCAACAGGAGCAGUUCAGUACCCCUUACUCCAGUCCGUCGCCGAGAAGGCCAAAGCCAGCAAGGAUUCGGGAAGCUUGAUCACACAGGACUGUUGCAUCGUCGUUUUCACGUCAUCACGUCAUAGUAUGCCGCUGUGUACAAUGUCGGUGACAUCCGGGCAGUAUCCGGUACAGCCACAUCAACGGAGACCCCUGUUCGGCCGCGGUAACCUCUUCUUCUUCUUGAACAGCGGUUCUUCUGACGGUGCAGCAAUUGGGACAGCAGGAGUUCCUCCUUCACAGGAGGCGUCGGGUUUUCAAAUGCUGACGAAAAGGAGUCUCUUUGGUGUGUCUCAUCCACCAACCCAUUCGAGCCGAACCGUUGCUCAGAUGGCGCCUCGCUCUCAAGCAUACACCCCCCAACCGCAGCGGUCCAGUGGAGAGUGUCCAACUGCGGAGAAGGGGUCGUGCCCAAGCAGCACUGCUGUCCAUCACGCAGCAGCUAUGGGAUCGGUCUCCGCUGUUGCUGGCCCCUUGGGGAGGAUGUGGGGUAAGAUCAGUAGCAUGAGCACUAUGGCUACCAGCCGCGGCGAUAGUCUGCUGUCAACGAGCAGCCGGACAUCAGUUGCAGUCGAGUGCAGCCCGCGAGCAACACAACCUCCUCCCAAAGUGGCUGACCGGGAGAGUCAAAUUCUCUCUCAAGUUCGGUACGAUUUACUUGCGAGAAAUUUGUCGAUAGACGACUUUUUGUUUCACGAGACCGUUGGCACCGGAUCUUUUGGGCGAGUUUGUAUAGUCGAUUUACGCGGUGCGGCCGGAUGGUACCCACCGAUGGCGUUGAAGAUUUUGAGCAAGCACAAGAUCGUUAAGAUGAAGCAAGUCGAGCACGUGAAGGACGAGAAGAGAAUUCUAUCUUCGAUAGAACAUCCCUUCAUAGUUAACCUACUGGCCGCGUUUCAGGAUGAAAAACGAUUGUUUAUUCUGAUGGAGUAUGUGAACGGCGGAGAGCUAUUCAGUCACUUGCGCCGACGCAACUGUAUUCCGACUGAUCAGGCCCGGUUGUAUGCUGCUGAGAUUACUCUGGCUUUUCAGUACCUACAUCAGCGGCAUAUCGUGUAUAGGGAUCUCAAACCUGAGAACCUACUGAUUGACUCCCAAGGUCACAUCAAAAUCACUGAUUUCGGCUUUGCCAAAGUUGUGAAGGAUCGCACCUGGACAUUGUGUGGAACUCACGAAUACCUCGCCCCGGAGUCUAUCACACGUCGGGGUCAUGGGCUACCUGUGGAUUGGUGGGCCCUGGGGAUCUUGCUAUUUGAGAUGCUUGCCGGGCAUCCGCCAUUCGUCGAUGAGAAUCCACUUGGGAUCUAUCGGAAGAUCAUCGCAGGUAAAAUUGAGUUUCCUAGAUCUUUCGAUUACGCGGCCAAAUCUCUUGUCAAACGGUUGCUCACGCAUGAUCCACUGAAGAGAUACGGCUGCUUGAAAGAUGGAGCGGAGGACGUGAAGAACCACAAGUUUUUCAAGGGGAUUGACUGGGUAAAGUGCUACAACAAGAACAUACGUGCCCCAUACUUGCCGAAUACUAGGGGGCCACAGGAUAGUAGUAUGUUCGACAAAUAUGCCGAAUCAACUGAAUCGUCCUCUCCACCAAUAGGUGCGGCGGAACAGCAGGCCUUCUUUGACAAUUUUUGA